UAUUAUUAUUAUAAUUCCCUCUCUGCCAUAAUUUACAAUAUCUCAAAUGAAUCAAAACCUCUGCAUCCUCAUUUUGAUGUUUCUCCUCCUAACAGAAGCCUCAUUUGCUCUGGACUUUUACUACCAAAACUGCAGUGUGCCCGUAAGUUGUGGCCGCUAAAACAUUAGCUAUCCAUUCUACAUCCAAGGCAGGCAAGAAUCCUUCUGUGGGUACCCGGAAGGUCUUCCAGCUCUCUUGCCAUGGAGAUGGUGAAGAUGCCUACCCACUUCUCCAAUUGUCUGGUAACAAUUACAUCAUCCACAACAUCGAUUACCAAAGAAAGUCUCUUCUUGUCUCAAAUUCUCUGCUUUCAGGCUACUUAGAAAGCACUGCUUGUAACAAUGAUAUUUCAUCACUCCAUAACUUAACCCUUCCCAAUGAUCAGUUCGAGUUGGCUUCAAACCAAGCUGACUUCUUUUUGCUCUACAAUUGCAACUCUUCUGUGGUUGAGUCAUUUCCAAAGUACAAAGUCGGUUGCUUUGAUCAGGCAACUAACAAAACCAGAAGUAAUACUUCAGUUCUGGCUCUGCCUCGGGAUGAAUAUCCAAAAUUAGGAAGUGACAAGUGUAGAGGAGAAGUGGUGGUGGCUCAUGCUAGAGGAGGGUAUGAGAAUGGUGAGGUGGGAUUAAUACAAGAGGUUUUGAGCAGAGGGUUUGAGCUGAAUUGGUUUGCUAGUGACUGCAGCCGCUGCCAAGACAGUGGAGGGAGGUGCGGCUUCAAUUACACAACCUACCAUUUUAGGUGUCUCUGCCCACGGCAGACUUUUUCUUUGCGCUGUGGUUCGUACGAUGAGGUUUAUGUUGCAGGAGAUAAAUUGGGAUUGAAGCUAGGACUAGCAGCAGGUGCAGUUGCUGGUCUCAUGGUUCUAGUUGUUAUUGUUUGCUGCUUAAAGAGAAAGUUAGCAUAUGAUAGCUUUAUUUUCUUCUGGAAGAAUCAAGGCCAAGAUCGUCAAAUUGUUGAGGCCUUUCUAAGGAGCUAUGGGCCACUUCAAGUUAGAAGAUAUAGCUAUUUGGAGGUCAAGAAAAUGACCAAUUCCUUCAAAGAAAAAUUAGGAAAAGGGGGCUACGGUAGUGUAUACAAGGGAAAAUCAAAUGACGGCAGUCUUGUAGCGGUGAAGGUCUUGAGCAAAUUAAAAGGUAAUGGAGAAGAAUUUAUGAAUGAGGUGGCAGCCAUUAGUCGCACUUCCCAUGUCAACAUAGUAAGCUUGUUGGGGUUUUGUUUUGAGGGUUCAGAAAAAGCUCUCAUCUAUGAAUUCAUGCCUAACGGCUCACUUGAGAAGUUCAUAUUUGAUGCAAAUUCCCCCAACAGAGAUCAUGAUCAUCACUUGGGAUGGGAGCAAUUGGAUCAAAUUUCACUCGGCAUUGCUCGAGGAUUGGAGUAUUUACAUCGGGGUUGCAAUGCAAGAAUUCUGCAUUUUGACAUCAAGCCUCAUAACAUUCUUCUUGAUGAAAAUUUCACACCAAAAGUCUCUGAUUUUGGCCUUGCUAAGAUAUGCAACAUGAAAGAGAGCAUUGUGUCAAUGGCGUGUGCAAGAGGCACUGCUGGCUACAUUGCUCCAGAAGUAUUCUGUAGGAAUUUUGGAGCGGUCUCGCACAAGUCAGAUGUAUAUAGCUACGGGAUGAUGCUUUCGGAGAUGGUUGGAGGAAGAAGGAACAUCAAUGCCGAAGCUGAAGAUACAAGUGAAAUAUAUUUUCCACACUGGAUUUACAAGCGUAUUGAACUUGAUGAAGAACUUGGUCUGCCGAGCAUAAUGAAUGAGGAAGACAAAGUAAGAGCAAGGAAGAUGAUAAUAGUGAGCUUGUGGUGCAUACAAACAGACCCUUCAAACAGGCCAGCGAUGAAACAAGUGAUAGAUAUGUUGGAAGGCAGCGUUGAUUGCUUGCAGAUACCACCCAAGCCUUACUUGUCUUCUCCACCAAAGUACGCCGUAGGUUCUUCUACUGCUACAUUGGUCUCAACACAAUAGAACGUACCCUGCAUUUUACUUGAACACAUUUAUGUUUCUGAAUAAUGGAACGAGUUUGCACAGAACUGUAUGAUUAUGAACUUUAUCAUCAGGUGUGGACUAUAAUGAAUGCAAGGGUUUAUCUUUUUA